AUACUCAUACAUAGGAGAUAUUCGGGCGUCAUACUCAUACAUAGAAAAUGUUCAGGCGUCAUACUCAUACAUAGGAGAUAUUCAGGCAGUUCGUCAUGAAUUGGGUCCGACCUAUCGUCUUGACGAGGACACUAGGAUUUGGUAUUUUACGGAGGGUGUGGGGGGUCUGCAGAGGACAAUAACAGCCUCAGUUACAGAAGUACCGUGAGACGGAUCGGAGAAAUGUCCUCGUUGGAUCCCGGUAGUUUUAGAAUCUAGACUCCUAGUAUAUACAGUUUUGCAUAGAUAUAAAACUAAGAGAACCCUGAACUAUCAUGUCAGAUAUGAGUUUUUCUAGAGUUAUAAACAGUUUCCAGUGAUUGGAUUGCUUGACGUUACAGUAAAAAUAAGACGGUGAAAUAUGUUUGGUUCUUUAACCAAGAUUUUGCUGCUUUCAUGAGUUUGAGAUAAAUGAACUUUCAGAUGGAAAUUAUUCUUGAUAUCUGAUCGAUUCAAGAUUAAGCCUUCACACCGAGGAGAGAGCAAGAUGAUACCUUGAAACUAAAAAGUGAAAUAUUUUUAUAUUAUUUUGUUUGGAUUUUAUUGGAUAUCAAACUAAAUCAGAAGUUUACCUUUAUAUCUAUAGUACUAUAGUGCUCGCCUUCUUAUCCAUUAUUCAAUUGAAUAUUAAUUUUGAAUAUCCGGUCCUUCACCAGCUUCCAGAACUUCUUUGAGUUUCCAGAACUUCUUUGUGUGUAUCCAGUACUCCCCUUAGUGACAGUGAAAAAGGAUACCCCUGUACAUAGAGUUAAACCUGGAGCAAGUUAUAGUUUUGUAGUUCAUUCCUAACCUAGAGUAAAUUCUGAGGUAAUUUUUCUUGAACAGCUGAUUUAGUGACUCUAGAAGAUCGAAGAACAGCUGAUUGAGUGACUCUUGAUGGUUAUGAAGAACUGAUUUAGUGAAGAUAGAAGAUCUAUUGAUGGUUUAAGAAUAAUUGAUUAAGUGACUCUUAAUGGUUUAAGAACAAGUGAUUUUGUGACUUAUGUUUUAAGCACAACUGACUUAGUGACUCUUGAUGCUUUAUAAACAGCUGAAUUAGUGACUCUUAAUGUUUUAAGAACAGUUGAUUUAGUGACUUUUGAUAGAUUAUGAACAGCUGAUUAAGUGACUCUUAAUGGUUCAAGAACAGCUGAUUUUGUGACUCUUGAUGGUUUAUGAACAGCUGACAAUCGACUCUUGACAAUUUAUGAACAGCUGAUUAAAUGACUCUUGAUGGUUUAUGAACAGCUGAUUAAGUGACUCUUAAUGGUUUAAGAACAGCUGAUUUUGUGACUCUUGAUGGUUUAUGAACAGCUGACAAUCGACUCUUGACGAUUUAUGAACAGCUGAUUAAAUGACUCUUGAUGGUUUAUGAACAGCUGAUUUAGUGACUCUUGAUGAUUUAUGAACAGCUGAUAAAGUAACUCUUGAUGGUUUAUGAACAGCUGAUUUAAUGACUCUUGAUGGUUUAUGAACAGCUGAUAAAGUUACUCUUGAUGAUUUAAGAACAGCUGAUUUAGUGACUCUUGAUGGUUUAUGAAUUUUCAAGUGAAUUUUGAGGAUUUAAGAACCGCGGAUUUAGUGACAAACAUGGAGUUUCGAGCAGAAUAGAUUAGAGCAAAUAUGAACUAUGACGACAUUAACUCAUCCUACAUUGAGUACGGAGACUAUGGGUUUGUGUUUGAGGAUAGUCCAGGACGGGUUGAAUGUGAGACAGAGGAGAGAGAUUGGUUGGAGUCCAACCAGGAGAAAACUGGAACCUUCUGCCCACCAUAUUGGGACAGGAUAUCCUGCUGGUCCCCGACCGAAGCCGGAGAUACAGCUAGUCUCCCUUGUAUGGCGGAAUUAAAUGGACUUCUUUAUGAUACCUCAAAUAACGCCUCCCUGGAGUGUCUGGAGGGCGGGGUCUGGGCUAACAAGUCAGAUUAUUCAGCUUGUAAACAAUUGUCAAGUGGAGAGCCCCCGAUAAGUUCGAAUGCAAUCUCUAUUAUAUAUUUCUGUGGACAUUCUCUGAGUCUCGUAGCUCUUCUCAUAGCAUUCUCUAUCUGCAUAUAUUUCAAGGAGAUGAGAUGUUUACGAAACAAGAUCCACGCCAACCUGUUCCUAACAUAUAUACUCGCAAACAGCUGCUGGAUAUUAACUGCUGUGAUGCAGGACGCACACUUCCAUGAUGUGGAGUUAUCUUGGUGUGUAUCCUUGGUUUUUCUCAGAUACUUCCACCUUGCAACCUUCUUCUGGAUGUUCGUUGAAGGAUUGUAUCUGUUUGUUCAAGUUAUUGCAACUUUCUCCGUAGAAAACGCAAACAUGAAGCUUAGACAUUACUUCCUGAUCGGUUGGGGUAUUCCUUUCGUAAUAGUCUUUCUCUGGGCCAUCCUUACCUACAGAAGAUCUCAAUAUAUAUACAACAUAUCAUAUAAUGAAACUCAGGUUGAGGUUCCUCCUGGAUGCCCGUUUAUAGAGAAGUCUAGUAUAGAGUGGGUCUACAUAGUUCCUGUGUUCUUCCUUCUUGCAACUAAUACGUUCUUCCUCGUCUCAAUCUUUUACGUUGUUGUUACCAAGCUCAGAUCCGCAGGACGUGGUGAGCAGGAUCACCAAAACUGGAAAGCAGCGAAAGCUCUUCUUGUAAUUAUACCCCUUCUGGGCAUUACCUAUUUAAUUACUAUUCUAGGCCCCACAGAUACUGUUAGCAUAUCGUUUGUUAUAUUUGAACAUCUGAGAGCAGUUCUACUCUCCACUCAGGGAUUCUCAGUAACUCUUCCAUACUGUUUCUUGAAUACAGAAGUAAAGGGAAUUAUUAAACAUAACUGGAGUAGAUGGAGAACAGCAAGAUCUGUUGAGAACAAUUACUCCCGCGGACCUUCAGCUCGGAAUUCUAUAUCUCUGGCAGGAUAUUACGCUUGUGAUUCAAACAUUACGCAUUUAUCAAACAGUAGACGUAGUUCAUUUUUUAGGAUGCAUUCUCAGUAUCUGAGUAACCCUCAACACCAGAGCAAUGAAACCCAGCUCCAGGGUAGUACAGUUAUCCUGGAGAAGGGAGGGGUUGGACCGAACAGGAUAAUACCAGUCAUUCAGGAGGAGUCAGACCAUGAACGGUUUCCUUCAACCUUGAUCUCAGUUACUCCACCAACUCCUCUAACCAGUCCUUCAGCCUCGGAUGCAAUCACCUCAUCAAACCAGAUUAUAAACGGAAGAAGAGAAUACCAGAACGGAUCCAGUAAUAGUUCCCCCUCGGAGACAGAGAACUUGUUAUCCAAAAAACAAGAGUCCAAACCUAGAGUUAGGAUAAAUCUGGAAAGUGAAAAGAUUGCCAAAGACGUAAAUACGAUAAUUAUUGAACCUAAACCUCGGAGUAAAUCUAGUUCUCCAACAGGUUCAUCCAAGCGGGGGUCUUCAAGAAGUCCCCGACAGGAACGAAAUAGGAGGAGAAGUUCCUCAAAACCCGGAGACAUGGCCGGGUUUUCUCAUCCUGAUCUAAUCAUACCAAUCCUUCCAUCUCCGACUUAAAACUGAGCAUAUUUGAAUUAUAGCAUGCGGUUCUCAUAGUUCAUCCCAUAUCUAAGUCGUGUUCUUCUCAUUGAUAAAUUGUUAAUCUUGAACAAUUGAUCUCAAUAUCUUAUGUGGGCACUUUUAAAUUUGUAGAUCAUUGCCUGAUCCCUCAAUUAAAGUUAUCCCGACCAACAUUGGAUAUCGAAGAGGAAUUAAAAAAUAUGUAGAUCUGCAUCAGAUGGAGAUCAACUCUUGAUCCUGAGAUUCAAAACAAAAAGUUCUGAUUUCAAGAGAAUCAAAAAAUGAUAGGAAACCUUUUCGCACACAAAGAAGACUUCAGAGACGACUGUACAGAUUUGUACAUUUUUAUUUCUUAGAUUCAAGCAUCCCUGCAGCAUUAUCAGGAGAUGGUUCAUUGUGCGUACUGUACUGUUUUAGCCGUCUAUAGCAAAUAGAUUCUCAA